AUGGACAUCCAAGUGGAAUAUCUCGAGAAUUUUGUGAGUCUGACUGCUUUGAAGGACGAUACUGGAGACGAUUGUAUCAGCGCUGAAGUCCAAGCUGUUGACGUGACCUCGGUCGGGAAGUUGUUGCUAACUGGGGAGCCAGUCGCUGCGGUGUCCUCGCGGAUGCUAAAAGCUGAGAUUGAUUUUUCAUUUAUUUACAAGCCCAAGAAGUGUUCGUGUCGAUCAAAACCACGCCCUUGUAUCUUCAUGCACGGUCUGCGAGUUCCAGAGGAAAUUGCAACGAAUGAAGACAGUUUUUCACGAUAUUGGGGGACGUAUUUACCGGAUCAUGCACCGUGCUGCUCGUCGCUGAAGUUUGCGCACCUGAACACGAUGAAUUUUUCGUGGACUGACCAAACUCGCCAACAGUUAGUGUGUGACCGCGUCCUCGCUGCGAGUCCCCGCAGCUCGGACUCCGUCGUUGCGGAUACUAUCGUCGUCACGCACUCUAUGGGCGGUCUGAUGCUAGCUGGAGCGAUUGCGAAUGGGCUCUGCAGCUUGGCCGACAACUCGACCUGGGUCAGCAUGGCGGCGCCUAUGGGCGGGAGUAUGGGCGCGGACUACGUCCAAGCCUCUUGUGCGGGGAAGUCGAACUUUAUUGUGAACAAAGUCGUUAAAAUGCGCAACGAAUGCCCCCCAAGACGUGCUCUCAAGUCGCUGUCCUACGAGAGUGGGGAAUACAGCUCCAAGAAACUCAAGAGGGCGUACGCAGCAGCUCAGAAGGCGUAUCGGACGAACGUCUCAGCCGUCAUGUGCAGCGAGAACUACGCAGGAUUACUGUCCACCCACCAGGCGUACUUCUGGCUCCUAGGUCACACGAUCCCGCACAAGUCCAAUGACAACGACGGCAUCGUGGAGUUCCAGAGCUGUGCUGGGGGGAUGCCGGAAGGAAGGUUUGGCGACAACUACGUCGAGCGGUUCUACGUGACAAGACUCAACCACUACGAUAUGACCUUCCGAUCAGGUGACGCACUCUUCAGCAAGUCCAAAAUGCCUAUGAGGUGGUUCGAGUGCUUACUGUAG